AAACAAAAAAAACAAAUGGCUUUGUUAAAUCUGUUGCUAGAAAGUUGGGAUUUGUAGAUAGGUUUUCUUUUGUUGAUCCUGCUGGGCUAAGUGGAGGUUUACUCCUUCUCAGGGACUCAAAUGUUAAUAUUAUCAAUAUUAUGCAAAAACCCUUUUAUAUUGCUGUUGAAUUUGUUAUUGGCUCUGCCCCCCCUCAAUGGGGAAUUUUUGUAUAUAUGAGCUCCUGCAAGCAGAUUAGAGUUCAUCAAUGGGCAGAAAUGGAAAGGGAUAAGGCUUGCUGGGGUUCUAAAUGGUUUGCCUUGGGAGACUGGAAUGGCAUCUGUGUCCAUGAGGACAAAUCUGGAGGCAUCAAAAGGAGUUGCAGGAGUCUUCUGGCAUUUAACUCCUUUAUCAACAACAUGGAAAUGGAAGAACUGCCUAUGCUGGGAUACAGAUUUACCUGGUGCAAUCUCAGAGAAGCUGAAGGCCUGGUGGAGGAGAAACUAGACAGAGCCUUUGCUUCUAAUGAAUGGAGACUGGACUUUCCCAAUGCCACUGUAUCUACUAAAGUGAGAAGUGCAUCAGAUCACUCAAUGCUUCUCCUCUGCAAGGGAUUAGAUCAUCCAAAGCAUCCAUCAAGAUUCCACUUUGACAAGAGAUGGCUUUCCAAAGAGGGCAUUUCAGACAUUGUCUCCACAGCUUGGAAUCAACCCACAUAUGGGACCCCCUUCUAUAGGCUUAAAGAAAAAGUGAAGAGCACCAGGACAGCCCUUCUCAUUUGGAGUUCAAAAUUCAAAUCUCUUAACCAACAGACCAUUGAAGUGCUCACAAGGAGGUUAGAAACAAUGAGGGAAGACAAACCUGAAGAUUACUGGGAACUAUGGAACAAUACAAGAAAUGACCUCAAUGCAGCACACAAGCAGGAGGAACUUCAUUGGCAACAGAGAUCUAAACUUAAAUGGCUCAAGGAAGGUGAUGGCAACACAAAAUUUUUUCAUGCAUAUACUCUCCAGAAAAGGAAGCUGAAUGCCAUUUCCAGACUCAUAACCCCAAGUGGUUCAGUUCUUUCCUCUCAAGAAGACAUUGAACAUCAUAUAGCAGACUUCUACUCCAAUCUAUUCACCACAGAAGGUAGCAGAGAUGGGGAGUCAAUUGUCAACUUGCAAAAAUCUGGAAUUUAUUUCAGCAGGAAUACACCUCAAACUCUGAGAGACAACAUUUGUGGUACUUUGCAAGGGAUAGUUCCUCACAGAUCCUCAAGAUAUUUGGGCUUGCCUCUGGGAAUAGGAAGAUCAAAGAAAGAAGUAUUUGACUACAUCCUCAACUCUAUCAGGAACAAAUUACAGGGAUGGAAAAAUUCUCUUCUCUCCCCUGCAGGCAAAGAGGUUCUGAUCAAAUCAAUUAUUGAGGCAAUCCCUAUUUUUUCUAUGUCCU